GGCAGGCAGGCAGGCAUGGCUCCUAAGAAACUGUGUCCGCCAUCACUAUUAAUUUUAUUUUAUUUUAUUUAAACCACACAAAAUCCACCAUUAAGAAGUAGAAGAAAAUGAAGGAGCUUGCUAAGCAAGAGUUGAAGCUUCUCGAAGCUCAGCACCCGACCCGAUUCAACUUCCUGAAGCUCCAACUCAAGGAAUUCAUACACCUUCUCGACCAAGAAGAAGAGGAAGACCAACAGCAGCAGCAGUUUUAUCACUCUCCCAUCACUCAAGAAUCAUCAUCAAGCAGGAAGAGGGGGAGAGAGGAGGAAAUGGAUGACGGCUACAAAAAACGCGAAAACAAAAUCCCAAGACGAACAAGACAAGGGAUACGUGAUGCCAUUCACAAGGCUGAAGCUUGUCUUCAUAAGAUUCAGACGUUGAAGUCUUUCUUUUGCUCUUCUGAUCACUAAUCAAUCUGGAUUUUCAUGUACCCAUUUUGGUGCUCUUUUUUGUGGGUAUGCCACUUUUGGUGUUUGAAAUAGAAAACGACACCCAACCAUGUAUGGUUUUUUUUGGACAGCAAAGAAUUUUAUUCAUCUCCAAAAGAUUAUACAUUGUAGCUUUC